AUGUAUAUCCCAUCGUCAGAAAGCGCUAGUCUUUCAAUCGAUGACGCUAUCAAACAUGUGGGAAAUGAAGCUCUGAUAAUGAUGACAGCUAUAUUCGCACAAACAACGAAACAAUUCUCAGAAACUAAACUUCAGACACGCGCCGAGAAAAUCACUUCAGAUAAUAAGACAGGUGACUUAAAGAUAUUGUUGUUAAUACUCAUAACACCUCUGGUAUUAUUCAUGUUUGUCUUCAUUCCCCUUUGUUUAGGCAAUCGUCAGGAACUCAACGAAAGAGGGUGGGGAACAAACUCUUCUGGACGAUCACUAUCACGAUCACGAACAAAUGAUUCUCGUAGUAGUCGUCAUCCAUAUUUUAUGAAUCAAUCAAGACAUGCUCGACCGACGGGCGGGAUGGGUGCAGUAAGAGCAGCAUUAGGUGCUACGAUUCCUCCUCUUCCUCCAACUCCACUUGGAGUGGCUCGACCGACAGGCGAGAUGGGUGCAGCAAGGGCAGCGCUGGGUGCUACGAUCGAGCCAAGGACUGUAAGAGCUGGAACUUGUCGUCCCAGCAGCGCACCAACACAACGAAACCCAGGAUUUUCAAUCACCAGACCGGAACAAGCGAGAACUGGAUUCUCGACCAACACUGUCAACGGGGUGCGACCUCUCAGAUUCAAAGAAUCUAAUGUGUCAACCGAGAACGGUACUCGUGUCGUUUCGCAUCCCAUACAAGAACUAGAUUCGAUUUACUCAGAGCGCCCCGGUGAGUCACACGGACAAUUGCCGUCAAUUACUGAUGAGGAAUUACAUGAUGUGGUUGCGAUUUUUCCAAUUUUUAAGAACUCUCUACCCAGGCGCCAAUCAUCUCUUGUACCAGCGGCCUCAAUGUCAAGAUUGGAUCAGGAGGUUAGACAGGUUGCUUCUUUUCCUAUCUUCCAGCAGAACUCUACUCUUGGAGACGUGCCAGAAAUACCCACAACAACAACAACAACAACAACAACAACAACAACAACAGCAGCAACAAGUACAAGAGCAAGUACAAGAAGCACUGAAGAUUUACGUCGACAAGUUUCGACGCUGCCCAUGUUCCAGAACACCGCUAAUUAUCAACCAACUCGUCGACCAACUCGUCGAUCGGAGCCGUUGACCCCGGGUUUCAUGACCUCGCCGCCAGAAUAUGAGCAUGCGCCUUCAUAUGAGGGGGCAACUGAGUGGGAUUGGCUUGUUACUCAGGGCGAGAAUGUAUCGAGAAGUCAGACGGAUACCGUGGGUACGGGUGAUGCGGGGAAUGCUGGUGCCCCUUCGGUUUUACCUCCGGCUUAUAUUAGGUGA